GAUGAGGGAUUCCCCUUUCUCCUCUGAUUUCCAGUCAGCAGCAGGCCUCUGUAUUCCCCAGGGAAGGAUUUUAUACUGCAGGAAAACAAUAAAAAAGACUGCAAUUGAGAGACAUUGAUGGGGAGAUGAAGAAAAGAGGGAGCAGUCAACUCUUCUCCCCUCCCCCUUCCUGUGCUUCGUCAACCCCUAUUCUCCCUGCUUCAGUGUUUGACGUCACACAAAGAGGACCAAUCAGAGCACUUGGACUUGCCUGUUUUUCUUCCCUGGCUCCUCCCCUUCCCAUUUCCCUUUAUAUAUGCCCCGCCACUACAUCCAGCAGAGUGCACAAUGUGCUGCCAGGGAGCCAGCAGGCAGUGUACAGAGAAACAGCAAGAGAGGGAGGGGAAAGUGUGAGUGGAUUUCAGCGCUGACUUGGAAGCCUUCAUCUGACACGCUUCAGUCAUUUCUUCGGUCUUAUACAGACCUCCUUCUCCUCUCUUUCUCUUUCUGUCUUUCUCUAUUUCUUUCUGUUUUUCCAGGCCACAGCUAAUCCAAGAGGCCAACGCUGCAACCUGGUUUCCGGAUCCACCAGCCCUCACUAUCAGAAUGGGCUGCACAACGGGCCACCUGGCUUGCCAAACCCAGCCCCAGACCAGCAUGGGGCAGGAGGGUCAGUCCCUGGAGGCUGGUGGGGCCAAAGUCCCAGAGGUGCUCUCUUCCCUGGAGCGUCUGUCCCAGGCCACUGGAGGCAUGGAGAAGUCCUGGUACCGCUGCAUCUUUCCCUUUGGAAUCAUCUCUUUGGUGAUCGGUGUAGCAGGAACUGGGGUGACCUACACCUAUAACGACCUGCCUCAGACUAAAGUGGUGUCAGUGGUGCUGCUUGUCAUGGGUGUUGUGCUGUUACUGAUGGCGACCGCCUGUUGGACUGUCCACAAGAAAAAGAGAAGGAAAAAGAAAGAGGGAGGCUCGUUCACCUCCGAGCAGUGUCCUUUGUGAAGCAUAUGGGAAAAACAGUGGUAGGAACCGGAAAGCAGAGACAUACUCAAGGCUGGGAGCUCAAGAGUUGGUGAAAGACACCGCCACUUUACCUCCUCCCAGUGCCGAAUCCCCUCUAUUCUUUAUCACAGCUCAGCUCAUACAGGAGAGCUGAGAAAUCAUAGAGUGUGGAACAGGACAGAUAGACAGGACACUGUUUAGUCUGUAAAGUUUGGACCAUUUUGGAUUGGCGAGGAGGGAUCACCAAUGCCUCACAUGCUCUUUUAUCAUCAGACAGCAGGUGUCCAGUGUCAAAACAACCUCGGAGGAGACACACACAAAUAUGCAUUGCACACUACAUGCAUAUUUACACGCAAGGAUACAUGGCCCUCGCGGUCCUCACACACGUAUGCACUGGCAGUCACAGUGGGAGCUUGCGCGGACACCCAACACGCUAUGCAGAGCUGCUGCCGGAGUCAAUGCUGGCGUCACUAGGCACGUCAGUCACAGCAUUCCUCCUGCCAGGACAGGUGACUCUCCAAGAGGCCAGAAGUGGGCCAAAGACGGCAACCUGAUACCCAGCUGAAAGAGCAGCGCACCCGCGUCAGCGGCCAGCGUCAUUCACUCGUCCUGUGACACCGCAGCAAUGUGUUGAGGGCUUUUUUUACGCAAUGGGAGAGUGGAACUUGAAUCCAGCAGGAUCUUACUGGCAUCUGUGUGGACGAUGAGCCGGAGAGGGCAGAGGACCUGCUGGGGAAGUGGAAGGUGUUUUUUGUGUGCUCAAGUAAAGAUUUUGGUGAACUGAGAGACUGUUCGCGACUAAGGAACAACAGAUUUGCACAUAAAGCCAUGUCCACGCCAGACAAGAGACACUUCCAGUAAAGCACUCUGAAAGGCCUUUUGUAGCUUCAGCUUCACAUUACAAAGGAGUGGGGCACUGACUUUCUGACUGACUGAUUGCCCUCCUGUCAAUGUGUGAGCAUUUACGCCCAGCCUGGUGUCUUCGUGGGGCACCUCAGCCCCACACAGGGCAGGCCAGGAUUAUUGAAGGACACUAUCCGAGGGGACAUGCCACUGCAGGGACACUUUGACUGAUCCUGCUCCCCUGGGGCCCCUCCCUCUUGGUGCCUUGAGCAAGCACUCAUGGAAAAAGGCUCUGUCGCAUUCCCCCGUUUCCAUCUGAACCCCUGACAAUUUCCCCCCUUGUUCUCUAUCUCUCUCUCUCCUCAUUCAUCCCAUAAUCCCAAUCACCGUCCUCUAUCCUACAUCCCCAGUUUUCUGACUUGAUGCCACUCAUUUCCCCAGUGUGACAUAGUCCAGAGGGAAGUGUGUACAACCUUUUGACAUUCAAAUGAAGACACACAUACAUUUAAAUCUAAGCCCCACAUUGUCCAUAUCGCAGUGUGCCAAAGAAAGUGCAUUAUUACUCUCUCACAGUGGAAGGAAUAUUGACUGAGAGAGUGACAAAUCCCUUUGUCAAUCUGGAAAUAUGGUACAAGGCUGUGCUCGAGUGAAAACUGAUUCAUGUUUGUGCUCUAAGAAACUCCGGGGUUUCCCUUUCAUGUAAUUUUUCUUUUAAAAAAGAAUAAGUGAAUGUAGCUGCGCUCCACAUCUGUGAAUAGGUGAUAUAUUUUGACAUAGUCUCACCGGAUGAGACACACAAUGGCAUUUGAUUCUCGUCUUAAAUAUUCUCGUUUCUGUCACUGAAUGUAUCGUGGGAUGGAAAACACAAAGUGCAACAUGCAGUAUGUCUAACCUGUUUGUGUCCAUGUGAGGGACUGUGUACGCACACUCCUUUACCCUUGUGAAACUGUCAUUGAUCACUGUUGCAUCGAUUGUGGCUAUCAGAUUAGUGACGCUUGUCGCCGGGUAAAAUGUGUCUAUGCAUUCAGAGGUAGCAGUUAACACAAUGCCAAAGACCGUCUUGUCAGUAGACAUGCAAUCGAUCGGUCCUGUCUCACUCGAUGUGCAUUUAGAUGUUGUGUUGCAUACUGAUUGUCAGCCAAACUCUUUCAGUUUGAACAAAGAGAAGAAAGAGAAGGAGAGGGAGCAAGGAAUUAAUGUCAGGGGACAAAAGCAGGACCUGGGAAGUCAUUCCUUUCACUUUUAUGUGGGAGUAGGGAGCCCCGUAGUUAAAUUGGGAUCAGCUAUCCUGAACAGAGCAGUAUUAUUCUUAGGGGAUAUGGUGCAUCACUGAAAGCAGCCACAUCAGUAAAAAAAUGCCAAGUUAACUGGAGUGUUGUAAGUCUGAAGCUUAAUCUACUGAUAAAUAAUAGAAUUAAAAUGGAUCAGUCUGUACAGCCACAGCAGCCCUUAAUCUCUUUCAAGUCAAAGGAAAUGUUCAUAAAGAGUAUUUAUGUCCUUUUUUCUAGCUCAGUGCAAUGAAGUACAUUGUGGUUGCACACUUGAUAACUUUCAAGCUAUAUUACGACGAUGUGUUGACACAAAAAUUCGAUGGCAAGUGAACAGAAUUUGUUUGUUAGAGAUGUGUCAUGAUUUCCCGUCUGCCUUCUGAAAAAAAAAUUAAAGGGGAAAAUCUACCUCUCUCUGCUGUGGGGGAACUACGUCCCUCACCGAUGCUGUUCUUCACUCAAGCGAGUGAAACAAAAUAUUGUUUGUUUGCGUGCCCUUUUAUUUUUUGGUGCUGUAUAUAUGACAAUUUUAUAUUUCUACUGUAUAUUUCUACUUAUAUGUUCAUUUUAAAUGUCAUAUUAAAUAAAUGUUUUGUGAACAAAUUGGUCUGUGAGGUUCUAGUUUGGAACUUGAGGUGAAACCUCAACUAUUUAUUGAAUAUAACUAGACUAUAUAUAUAACUAUAUACUAUAAAACUACAUGUUUUAAAAGGA